CUCUCUCUCUCACUCUCAAACACUACAUUUUGAGGUAGUUCAAUAUACUAGAACAUGAUUGUAUCUGUAUACUCCGGUAAUGCAGUUUGAUAAAUUUUGAAGGCGAUUUGAUUUAAUAGGGAAUAUGUCGGAGAAGAUGAGAGUGGCGGUGGUGGGGGGCGGCGUAAGUGGGCUGGUCUCCGCCUAUGUGGUGGCGAAAGGCGGAGUGGAGGUGGUGGUGUACGAGAAGGAAGAUUACUUGGGGGGCCAUGCUAAAACUGUUACUGUUGAUGGCACUUCUCUAGACCUUGGUUUUAUGGUCUUUAAUCGAGUUACAUAUCCAAACAUGAUGGAAUUCUUCGAAACCCUCGGAGUCGAAAUGGAAAUAUCCGACAUGUCAUUCUCGGUGAGCUUAGACAAAGGCCAAGGAUGCGAAUGGGGUAGCCGUACCGGUUUUUCGGGAUUGUUUGCACAAAAAAAGAAUGCAAUUAAUCCUUAUUUUUGGAAAAUGAUCAAAGAAAUCCUCAAAUUUAAGGAUGAUGUCAUUAAUUACGUUGAAGAGCUCGACAACAAUCCGGAUUUCGAUCGAAACGAAACACUAGGCCACUUCAUCCAGUCACGUGGCUAUUCCGAGUUAUUCCAAAAGGCCUAUCUUAUACCGAUUUGCGGUUCGAUAUGGUCGUGUUCUUCGGAAGGAGUAAUGAGUUUCUCUGCGUAUUCCAUACUUUCGUUUUGUCGUAAUCACCACCUUUUGCAGCUCUUUGGUCGUCCACAAUGGCUUACCGUGAGGUGGCGCUCACAAGAUUACGUCCAUAGGGUUACGGAAUUUCUCGAAAGUCGAGGGUGUCAAAUAAGAACCAAUUCCGAAGUAUGUUCUGUUUCAGCAGACGAUGACGGUUGUACUAUAAGUUGUAAGGAUGGUUCAGAGGAUAAAUACGACGCGUGCAUAAUUGGUGCACAUGCACCAGAUGCUCUGAAGAUGCUAGGGCAGCAUGCAACGUACGACGAAUCUAGAAUACUCGGUGCAUUUCAAUAUGCCUAUAGUGAUAUUUUCCUUCACCGCGACAAAAAAUUAAUGCCGAAAAAUACGGCAGCUUGGAGCGCGUGGAAUUUUCUCGGAACCAUCAAUAAUAAAGUUUGUGUGACAUAUUGGCUCAAUAUACUCCAGAAUAUCAGCCAAACAGGGCCUCCAUUUCUAAUAACACUUAAUCCACCUUCGACACCGGAAAAUACACUGCUUAAAUGGUCAACUGGUCAUCCAAUUCCAUCGGUUGCUGCAAAUAAAGCUUCGUCUGAAUUAAAUCUAAUCCAAGGAAAAAGAAGAAUAUGGUUCGCCGGAGCAUAUCAAGGCUACGGAUUUCAUGAGGACGGAGUAAAGGCCGGUAUAGUGGCUGCAAAUGGCUUGCUUGGAAAGAGUUGUACACUUAGGUACAACCCGAAACAUAUGGUACCGUCGUGGCUUGAAACCGGAGCCCGUCUUCUCGUCACUAGGUUUCUUCAAAGUCUUAUAUCUAUCGGAACUCUAAUAUUAUUGGAAGAUGGAGGUACAAUGUUCACAUUCGAAGGCACGAAAAAGAAGAGCUUCUUAAAAGUCUCGUUGCGAAUUCAUACUCCACAGUUUUAUUGGAAGGUUGCUACUGAAGCAGAUUUAGGGUUAGCUGACGCGUAUAUAAACGGGGAUUUCUCUUUCGUUGAUAAGAAUGAAGGCAUGCUCAAUCUUUUCAUGAUAUUUGUUGCGAAUAGAGAAUUAAGUACUUCUAAUUCAAAACUAAACAACAAAAGGGGUUGGUGGACGCCGUUGCUAUUAACUUCGGCGAUAUCGUCUGCGAAAUAUUUCUAUAACCAUGUGUCGAGACAGAAUUCAUUAACGCAAGCACGACGUAACAUUUCAAGACAUUACGACCUCAGCAAUGAACUAUUUGCUCUGUUCUUGGAUGAGACAAUGAUGUACUCUUGUGCAAUAUUUAAGACUCAAGACGAAGACAUGAAAAUCGCUCAGCUCCGGAAAGUUUCGCUUCUUAUCGAAAAGGGGAAAAUCAGAAAAAACGAUCACAUUUUAGAGAUAGGAUGCGGUUGGGGGACUUUAGCUAUCGAAGCGGUUAAACGAACCGGAUGUAAAUAUACCGGCAUCACCCUAUCGGAACAGCAGUUGGAAUAUGCUGAACUCAAAGUUAAAGAAGCUGGCCUUCAGGAUCAAAUAAAGUUUCUUCUAUGCGACUAUCGCCAGUUGCCCAAAACCGAGAAAUAUAACAGGAUCAUAUCAUGUGAGAUGUUAGAAGCUGUAGGUCAUGAAUAUAUGGAAGAAUUCUUCGGUUGCUGCGAAUCUGCAUUAGCAGAAGACGGUCUUUUUGUUCUUCAGUUUAUAUCGAUACCAGACGAGAGGUACACUGAAUACAGGCGUAGCUCGGAUUUCAUUAAAGAGUAUAUAUUCCCCGGUGGAUGCUUGCCUUCACUUAGCCGAGUGACAUCAGCAAUGGCUGCUGCUUCUAGACUUUGUGUGGAGCACGUUGAAGACAUCGGAAUUCAUUACUACCAAACACUUCGAUGUUGGCGGGAGAAUUUCCUCAAUCGGACGAGCGAAAUAAAAAAUCUGGGGUUCGACGAGAAGUUCAUCAGGACGUGGGAAUAUUAUUUCGACUAUUGUGCAGCUGGCUUCAAAACUUGUACUCUUGGAGAUUAUCAGAUUGUAUUCAGUCGACCGGGAAAUGUUGCUGCAUUUGGUGAUCCAUACAAGAGUGUACCUUGUGCUUAUGUAUAGUGAGUGUUCUUUGUAGGGCAUUUUCUUACACUGUCAAUUUAUUAUUGGAAUAUUCAUUUAUUGCAAUCCCUGUAAUUUUACGUUAAAUAAAAAAACAUCGAGAUCUGUAAGAGAACUGAUAUCACGAGAAAAAUCGAAAUUUAAUAAAUUAAGACACGAUUCAGUUUGA